UCGGCUGUGGUUAGUGGCUAACGCGGCGAUUGCCUCAGCAGGCUCUAAGCGUGCUUUGGUAUCUGGUAGGGCUGGCUUCUUGGAGGAGAGAAGAGAGGUUGUAAUCACUCCUGUGAGGGAAUCAUCUGGGUCAGUGUAGUGGAUUUUGAGAGUCUGCGUGGCGAAGUCAUGGUGGAAAGGAAGGGAACAGCCAAAGUUGACUUUUUAAAGAAGAUCGAAAAAGAAAUCCAACAGAAAUGGGAAACUGAGAAAGUGUUUGAGGUCAACGCAUCUGAUCUGGAGAAGCAGCCCUGCAAGGACAAGUACUUUGUAACCUUCCCAUAUCCAUACAUGAAUGGGCGCCUUCACUUGGGGCACACGUUUUCUCUAUCCAAGUGUGAGUUUGCAGUAGGAUACCAGAGAUUAAAAGGAAAACAUUGUCUAUUUCCUUUUGGCUUACACUGUACUGGGAUGCCUAUUAAGGCAUGUGCUGAUAAAUUGAAAAGAGAAAUUGAACUGUAUGGUUGCCCUCCUGAUUUUCCAGAUGAAGAAGAAGAGGAGGAAGAAAUCAGUGUUAAAACAGAAAAUAUAGUAAUUAAGGAUAAAGCUAAAGGAAAAAAGAGUAAAGCUGUUGCUAAAGCUGGAUCUUCUAAAUACCAGUGGGGCAUUAUGCAAUCCCUUGGACUGUCUGAUGAAGAGAUUGUAAAAUUUUCUGAAGCAGAACAUUGGCUUGAUUAUUUCCCACCACUGGCUAUUCAAGAUCUGAAGAGAAUAGGCUUGAAGGUAGACUGGCGGCGUUCCUUCAUUACCACUGAUGUUAAUCCUUACUAUGAUUCAUUUGUCAGGUGGCAAUUUUUAACUUUAAGAGAAAGAAACAAAAUUAAAUUUGGAAAGCGGUAUACUAUUUAUUCUCCAAAAGAUGGGCAGCCCUGCAUGGAUCAUGACAGGCAAACUGGAGAGGGUGUGGGACCUCAGGAAUAUACUUUACUGAAGUUGAAAGUGCUUGAGCCAUAUCCUUCUAAACUGAGUGGCCUCAAAGGUAAAAAUAUCUUCUUAGUUGCUGCUACUCUCAGACCCGAGACAAUGUUUGGUCAGACAAACUGUUGGGUUCGUCCUGACAUGAAGUACAUUGGGUUUGAGACAGUGAAUGGUGAUAUUUUCAUCAGCACGCAAAGAGCAGCCAGAAAUAUGUCAUACCAAGGCUUCACCAAAGAUAAUGGAGUGGUGCCUGUUGUGAAGGAGUUAAUGGGGGAGGAAAUUCUGGGUGCAUCCCUUUCUGCACCUUUAACUUCCUAUGAGGUGAUCUAUGUGCUCCCAAUGCUCACCAUUAAAGAGGAUAAAGGCACUGGUGUGGUCACAAGUGUCCCUUCUGAUUCCCCUGAUGAUUUUGCUGCACUCAGAGACUUGAAGAAAAAGCCGGCCCUUCGAACAAAAUAUGGAAUUAGGGAUGACAUGGUCUUGCCAUUUGAGCCGGUGCCAGUCAUUGAAAUCCCAGGUUUUGGAAAUCUUUCUGCUGUAACCCUUUGUGAUGAGUUGAAAAUUCAGAGCCAGAAUGACCGAGAAAAACUUGCAGAAGCAAAGGACAAAUUAUAUCUAAAAGGAUUUUAUGAAGGUAUAAUGUUGGUGGAUGGAUAUAAAGGACAGAAAAUCCAGACUGUGAAGAAGACUAUCCAGAAAAGGAUGAUUGAUGCUGGCGAUGCAUAUAUUUAUAUGGAACCAGAGAAACAGGUGAUGUCCAGGUCUUCAGAUGAAUGUGUAGUGGCUCUGUGUGACCAAUGGUACUUGGAUUAUGGAGAAGAGAACUGGAAAAAACAGACAUCCCAGUGUUUGAAGAAUGUGGAGACAUUCUGUGAGGAGACCAGGAGGAAUUUUGAAGCUUCCUUAGACUGGCUACAAGAACAUGCUUGCUCUAGAUCUUAUGGCUUAGGCACUCGCCUGCCUUGGGAUGAGCAGUGGCUGAUUGAAUCCCUCUCAGAUUCCACUAUUUACAUGGCGUUUUACACAGUUGCACACCUGUUACAAGGAGGGAACUUGCGAGGACAGGCUGAAUCCCCACUGGGUAUAAGACCACAGCAAAUGACUAAGGAAGUUUGGGAUUAUAUUUUCUUCAAGAAUGCUCCAUUUCCUAAGACGCAGAUUUCAAAGGAAAAAUUAGAUCAGUUAAAGCAGGAGUUUGAGUUUUGGUAUCCUGUGGAUCUUCGAGUCUCUGGCAAGGAUCUUAUUCCAAAUCAUCUUUCAUAUUUCUUUUAUAAUCAUGUGGCGAUCUGGAUGGAACAAAGUGACAAAUGGCCCAAAGCUGUGAGAGCAAAUGGACAUCUCCUCCUCAACUCUGAGAAGAUGUCAAAAUCCACAGGGAACUUCCUCACUUUGGCUCAAGCUGUUGACAAGUUUUCUGCUGACGGAAUGCGCCUGGCUCUUGCUGAUGCUGGUGACACUGUUGAAGAUGCCAACUUUGUGGAAACCAUGGCUGAUGCGGGCAUUCUCCGUCUGUAUACCUGGGUGGAAUGGGUAAAAGAAAUGGUUGCCAACUGGGACAGCCUAAGAAGUGGUCCUGCCAACACUUUCAAUGAUAGAGUUUUUGCCAGUGAAAUAAAUUCUGGAAUUAUAAAAACAGAUCAAAACUAUGAAAAGAUGAUGUUUAAAGAAGCUUUGAAAACAGGUUUUUUUGAGUUUCAGGCUGCAAAAGACAAAUACCGUGAACUGGCCAUAGAAGGGAUGCACAGAGAACUUGUGUUCCGGUUUAUUGAAGUUCAGACCCUUCUCUUGGCUCCAAUCUGUCCACAUUUGUGUGAGCAUAUCUGGACACUCCUGGGAAAGUCUGACUCAAUCAUGAAUGCUUCAUGGCCUGUGGCGGGUCCUGUGGAUGAAAUCUUGAUACACUCCUCACAGUAUCUCAUGGAAGUAGCACAUGACCUUAGGUUACGACUCAAGAAUUACAUGAUGCCAGCUAAAGGGAAGAAGACUGACAAGCAACCACCUCAGAGGCCCUCACACUGCACCAUCUAUGUAGCGAAGAGCUAUCCACCUUGGCAGCAUUCCACCCUGACAGUUCUGCGUAACCACUUUGAGGUCAACAGUGGAAGAUUGCCUGAUAACAAAGUCAUUGCUAAUGAACUAGGUAAUAUGCCGGAAUUGAAGAAAUACAUGAAGAAAGUGAUGCCAUUUGUUGCUAUGGUUAAGGAAAACGUGGAGAAGAUGGGGCCUCGUGUUCUGGAUUUGCAGUUGGAAUUUGAUGAACAGGCAGUGCUUAUGGAAAAUAUAGUUUACCUGACUAAUUCCCUUGAGCUAGAACACAUAGAAGUCAAGUUUGCCUCUGAAGCAGAAGAUAAGGUCCAGGAAGACUGUUGCCCUGGGAAACCACUUAAUGUUUUUAGAACAGAACCUGGAGUGCCAGUUUCUCUAGUAAAUCCCCAGCCAUCCAAUGGUCACUUCUCAACCAAAAUUGAAAUCAGGCAAGGGGAUAACUCUGAUUCUAUAAUCAGGCGUUUAAUGAAAGUGGACCGAGGAAUAAAAGACCUUUCCAAAGUGAAACUGAUGAGAUUUGAUGAUCCAGUGUUGGGGCCUCGGCGAGUUCCUGUCCUGGGAAAAGAGCUCACUGAGAAGACGCCCAUUUCUGAGCAUGGUGUUUUUCAUGUGGAUCUCACAAGCAAGAAAAUUCAUCUCACAGAAAAUGGGCUGCGGGCAGAUAUUGGGGAUACAAUUAUCUAUCUGGUUUAUUAAACUCAUACA